AUGAAGUCAAUCAUAUCUUCUCUGUUUGCUCUCUCUUUGCUUUCGCUAUCAUCAACAAAUGCUCAAUGCCAUUUCCCAGCAAUCUUCAACUUCGGUGACUCUAACUCCGACACCGGCGGUCUCUCCGCCGCCUUUGGCCAGGCUGGUCCUCCUCACGGAGCUUCCUUCUUCGGCUCACCGGCCGGAAGGUACUGCGACGGUCGCCUCGUCAUUGAUUUCAUAGCGGAGAGUCUUGGAUUGCCAUAUCUAAGUGCGUUUCUAGACUCGGUUGGUUCAAACUUCAGCCACGGCGCCAACUUUGCGACUGCGGGGUCUACGAUCAGAGCUCCCAACACCACUCUUCAUCAAAGUGGUGGAUUCAGUCCAUUCUCACUCGAUGUCCAGUUGGUCCAAUUCUCUAAUUUCCACAACAGAUCCCAAACACUUCGCAGUCGCGGAGGAGUUUAUACGACGAUGCUGCCAGAAGCCAACAGUUUCUCUCAGGCGUUGUACACUUUCGACAUCGGUCAAAACGAUCUCACCGCUGGUUACUUCGCCAAUAAAACCGUUGAACAGAUUGGAACCAUCGAUGUUCCUGAGGUCAUCAGCCAGUUCAAGAAUGCUGUUACGAAUAUUUACAAUCAAGGAGGGAGAUACUUCUGGAUUCACAACACGGGACCUAUCGGUUGUUUAGCGUAUGUGAUCGAAUGGUUCCCGAUUAAAGCAUCAGACUUUGAUUCACACGAAUGUGCCUCUCCAUUGAACAACUUGGCUCAAGAAUUCAAUCACGCCUUGAAACAAGCCGUGAUCGAGCUCAGAGCUUUUUUGUCUGAAGCCGCCAUCACUUACGUAGAUGUCUACUCUGCUAAACAUGAGUUGUUUGUUCACGCACAAGGUCAUGGGUUCAAGAGAUCGUGUGUUUCAUGUUGUGGUCAUGGAGGGAAGUACAACUACAAUAAGCACAUUUGGUGUGGGAAGAAGGAAAUUUUGAAAGGCAAAGAGAUUUACAUCGGAAAGCCGUGCGAUGAGCCUGACAAGGCUGUCGUGUGGGACGGUGUUCACUUAACACAGGCUGCUAACAAAUUCAUCUUCGAUAAGAUUGUACCCGGGUUGAGUAUGGCCUGUCACAGGCAGUGA